AUGCCACGGCCGGGAUCGUCUCAGUACGGUUGGUGCGAUGAAGACAGGGCUGCCAGCGGGGGCGGCGAGUUCAUCUCCGCCGAGGAGGCCCUAGCCCUGGGGCCAGAGGCGUCCACGGCAGAGUUCCGCUGCAAGCUUGCGCUGCGGGUGCACGCGACGUGCGCCCUGAGGGACGACGGGCAGGCCGCGCUUCGCGUGGAGGUCGAGGGAGAGCUGCUCGUCUUGCCGCGCUUCCGGCUCGCCGGCCGCGAGGCCCUGGUCAGGCACUACACGGCAGCGCGCGCGGCCUUCGCCGAGGGGCGGGACGUGGCUGCCCUGAAGAGCUGCGAGCAGGCCCUGGGCGCGGCGGGCGGCCCCCUGUCGCGGUGCCGCGAGGUCGGCGACGUGCUGAACCUCAUGGGCGCCCUGCACCUGCGGCGUGGGGCGCCCGGGCUCGCCGCCAAGUGCCUGGAGCGUGCGCUGGCCCUGCGCAGGGCCGCGGGCCCGGGCAGCGACUGCGACCGCACGCUCGCCGCCACGCUCGGCUCCCUGGGGAGCGCGAGGCAGGCGCUGGGCGCGCACGCGGAGGCCCUGCGCUGCCACCUCGCGGCCGUGGAGGCGCUCGAGAGGGCCGGCGGCGAGGACGCGGCCCUGGCGGGGGCGCUGCACGCGCUCGGCGGCGCGCACCGCGUGCUGGGCCAGGUGGAGCAGGCGUGCCGCUGCUUCGAGAGGGCCCUGCAGCUCCGGGAGCGGGUGCUGGACCCGAGCUCGCCGCAGCUCGCCGCCACGCUGAACAACCUGGGCGCCGUGUCGCAGCAGCUCCGGCGCUAUCGCGAGGCCGUGGGCUGCUACCAGCGUUCGCACGAGAUCCAGUCCAUCGCGUACGGCCAGCGCCAUCCGACGACGGCCGCCACGCUCAGCAAUCUGGGCUCCGCCCACAGCCAGCUGGGCGAGCACCGCCGCGCGGUGGAGUGCCUGGGGGACGCCCUGGCCGCCCAGGAGCAGAGCCUCGGGCCAGAGCACCCGAGCGUUGCGACCACCCUGCACAACCUCGGGAACGCCAUGGCGGCCGCCGGGGCGGGGGCCGACGCGGCGCGCUGCCACUGGCGGGCGCUGGAGAUCUGGUCCAGGGCGCUGGGCCCCGCCCACCCGGACGUCGCCGCCACCCUGCACAGCCUGGGCAACGUGUACCGAGGCCUCGGGGAGCCGGACGCGGCCGCCAGGUGCUUCGGGGGCGCCCUGCGCGUCCGCGAGGCGGCCCUCGGCCCCACGCACCCAGAGACGGCGAGGACCCGGCACUGCGCCGCGCUGGUGGGCUGCCAGCUGGGGGACCCCCCCGCCGCGCUGCAGGAGCUGCAGGCGGCCGUCAACUCCCUGCUGGCCAGCCUGGGCGCGGAGCACCCCUGGUCGCGGCAGGCCUGCGCCGACGCGGAGGGCCUGCGCCAGGCCGUGGGCUGCUGA